UUUAUUAAAUUAAUGAAUCAGAAAAAUCUCCAACCCGAACUGAGUUUGGAAAUGAAAAUAGUGAGUGAGUUGGGGUAACAUCUCACCGUGCCAUGUGGACUUGAUUCGCCGCUGGUUCAAAUUCAAUGACUCGCUUUCACUUCCACUCCCCACUAAAAAAAGACAUUCCUUCUCUCUCUCUUUCUUCCCUCCCCAUUUUCUUCUUCUGCAAAGUUUAGGGUUUUGAAAUGUGGAUUUACAAUGUCACAAUCUGAAGAAACUCCUGUCCCUGACACUACGCCUACCGAUUCAACCCCUCACUUAGGGCUUCAAUCUCCCGAUCCGGAUUCUACUUCGAGUCCCGACCUCUCACCGUAUGAUCUUAAUCACUCCGCUGUUGAAACCGAGCACGAAGAAAGCAGUCUCCAACAGCAGCUCCAGAAUCUCGAUUUGAAGGAGGAAGAAGAGGAGACUGAUAGGAAAGAUGACGGAGAGAGAGAAAGUAACAACGAUGCCGACGGAAACGCUGCCGAAGACGAGGACGACGAGAAUGAGGAAGAAAGAAACGAUAACGAGAUUGAUGGUGAAAACGUGAAGCAAAGUGAAGGAAAGAGGUCGCAUUAUCCGGUGAGACCGGAUGCAGAGAGUUGCGCUUAUUAUAUGAAGACUGGACUUUGCAAGUUUGGAUCUAAUUGCAAGUUUAAUCACCCUAUCCGAAGGACGACCCAGGCUGUUAAGGAAAAGGUCAAGGAAGAAGUUGAAUCAACGGAGAAACCUAGCCAGACAGAAUGUAAGUACUACCUAAGAACUGGUGGAUGUAAGUUUGGGAAUGCUUGUAGGUUCAACCACUCAACAGCAAAAUCUUCAACGAGUCCAAUUUUAGAGCUUAACUUUCUUGGGUUGCCUAUCCGACGGGGAGAGAAAGAAUGCCCCUAUUACAUGCGUAAUGGGUCCUGCAAAUAUGGAGCCAAUUGCAGGUUUAAUCAUCCUGAUCCUACAGCUGCUGGGGCUUGUGACCCAACUUCCAGAUAUGGUAAUGGUGGAUCUGUUUCACCUCAAGCUGCAUCACAAGUGAAUAUGGUGCCCUGGUCAUCACCUAGGGCAUUGAAUGAGACUGCUGCCUAUAUACCGAUUAUGUUUUCACCUCCGCAAGUUGUUCCGCCACCAAACCCAGAAUGGAAUGGGUAUCAGGCAACUGUAUACCCCCCACCAGAAAGGAGUUUGCAUCCAGCCCCAGCAUAUGUCAUGAAUAACCCUGCAACUGAAACCGCUGUCUAUACUCAUAACCAGCCUCAGAUGGUGGCUGAUGAAUUUCCUGCACGGCCUGGCCAACCUGAGUGUAGUUACUUCCUGAAAACUGGGGACUGUAAGUUUAAAUCUAAUUGCAAAUAUCAUCAUCCAAAAAAUAGAGUUGCAAAGAUGGCUCCAUGUGUUCUCAGUGACAAGGGAUUGCCACUCAGACCUGAUCAAACCAUCUGCUCACACUAUAGCCGCUAUGGUAUUUGCAAGUUUGGACCAGCCUGUAAAUUUGACCAUUCAAAACAGGAAGCUCCAUCAACAAUGGCAAUGGCCGGACUGGAUCAGCCUCCACCAUUCAGCCAUUCUGCUGCUACAGAACAAACCGGAAUCGCCAGUGGUACUGAUACUGCAGUUCAGCAGCCUGUGUAAAAAGAAAUUUCAGCCAAAGCUCCCUAGCUUUUUAGAUCUGACAUUAGCAAGGAUUCUAAAUUUUAUUUUCUGAACUGCAAGAAUCCAUUUAUCUUGUUUCUACCCCAUGUUCCUUUGCCACAAGCUUUUUGGGGAUGGCAAUAUAUAAUAUAUCGUAGUUAGGAUGCUGUUGUGUUGCUAGUUUUUGAAGCUGAAAAUGAAAUCAGGAUAUGUAAAUUAUCUCGGUUUCAUGUCAUACUACAAAACUAAUACAAUACCUUUGAAAUGGUGUGUGAACUA